AGGGAAGGAAGGGAAGGGAGAGGCCGCGGUGCAGGAAACACAAAAUGAACCCUUUCUUUUUCCUGGGUUUUGGACAUUCUCAUCUAGUCUACUUCUGGAAUAGAAGUCUACCUUUCAACUCAACAAAUGAGACAUACUGCUAUAGCACUGCCCAGGGCAGCACAGUGCUCCAAGGCGUAACUUUUGGUGGAAUCCCAACUGUACUGCUGCUUGAUGUAACCUUCUUUUUUGUUUUAAUAUUACUGUUUUCUGUUAUAAGAAAGAGAUUCUGGGACUACGGUCGUGUUGCUCUGGUGUCAGAAGCUGAAAGUGAAUCAAGAUACAACAGAUUGUCAACAUCUUCAUCAGUACCUGAAGAUCUUGAAUAUGAUAAGGGGUUUUGUUCUUGGAUGACAGCUGCUUUUCGGAUGCAUGAUGAUGAGAUCCAUGAGAGAUGUGGUGAAGAUGCCAUACAUUACCUUGCCUUCCAGCGGCACAUCAUCUGUUUGUUGAUUGCUGUCAGCAUUUUGUCUGUGUGUGUUAUAUUACCUGUCAACCUGUCGGGUGAUCUACUUGAUAAAGAUCCCUAUAGUUUUGGAAGAACAACUAUAGUAAACUUGCAAACUGGUAAUAAUCUUCUUUGGCUGCACACGGUUUUUGCUGUUGUUUACCUGAUUCUGACUGUUGUCUUCAUGAGACAUCACAUGAAGUAUGUCACCUAUAAAGAAGAAAACAUAGUUAAGUGCACAUUGUUUAUAACUGGUCUUCCAAAAGAUGCAAAAGAAGAGACAGUACAUGGCCAUUUCACGGCUGCCUACCCAACUUGUACUGUGCUGGAGGUGCAGCUGUGCUACGAUGUAGCCAAGCUUAUCCAUCUAUUCAAAAAAAGAAAACAGGCAGAAAAAAGCCUGACUUACUAUGAACAUCUGCAUCAGAAGUAUGGCAAACGGGUCCAGAUCAACCCUAAGCCAUGUGGUCAGUUCUGCUGCUGUGAAAUUAGAGGAUGUGAAAGGGAGGAUGCUGUAGAUUAUUAUACCAAAGUUACAAACGAACUGAUGGAAGAAUAUUCAAAAGAGGAACAAGCUGUUCACAAUAACCCUCUGGGAAUGGCUUUUGUAACAUUUCAGGAGAAAUCCAUGGCAACCUAUAUCCUUAAGGACUUCAAUGCCUGCAAAUGUCAGAGUAUUAAGUGUAAAGGAGAGCCUCAGCCAUCACCUUAUAGCAAGGAGCUGUGCAUAUCAAGCUGGGAGGUUACAUACGCUCCUUACCCUGAGAAUAUCUGUUGGAAGAAUCUUUCGGUGCGUGGACUGAAAUGGUGGUUCAGAUGGGCUUGCAUUAAUUUGCUGCUUUUUAUUGUGCUAUUUUUUCUUACUACCCCUUCCAUCAUCAUCUCAACUAUGGACAAGUUCAAUGUCACUAAACCUAUUCACUACCUCAAUAAUCCUAUUGUCAGUCAGUUUUUCCCAACGCUCUUGCUCUGGUCCUUCUCAGCUUUGCUACCAACAGUUGUCUAUUACUCAACUUUGCUGGAGUGCCACUGGACAAAAUCUGCAGAGAACAGAAUAAUGAUGCAUAAAGUCUACAUAUUUUUGAUCUUCAUGGUACUGAUUCUGCCCUCCCUUGGUCUGACCAGCCUGGAUUUCUUUUUCCGUUGGCUGUUUGACAGAGAAUCAUCUGAUUCUGCAGUUAGGCUGGAAUGUGUCUUUCUGCCUGACCAGGGAGCCUUCUUUGUGAACUAUGUGAUAGCCUCUGCUUUUGUUGGCAAUGGGAUGGAGCUACUUCGCCUGCCUGGCCUCAUCCUUUACACCAUACGCAUGAUAAUGGCCAAGUCCACAGCAGAAAGGAAAAACAUUAAACAGCAACAAGCGUUUGAAUACGAAUUUGGAGCAAUGUAUGCCUGGAUGUUGUGUGUGUUCACUGUCAUCAUGGCCUAUAGCAUUACGUGUCCCAUCAUUGUCCCGUUUGGUUUAAUAUACAUACUCCUGAAGCACAUGGUUGACCGUUACAACCUUUACUAUGCAUAUCUGCCUGCCAAGCUGGAGAAGAAGAUGCACUUUGCAGCUGUGAAUCAGGCCCUUGCGGCUCCGAUUCUCUGCCUUUUCUGGCUCUAUUUUUUCUCCUUUUUGCGGCUAGGCUUUAAAGCACCUACAACCAUGUUUACCUUCCUAGUUGUCAACAUCACAAUCGCCAUUUGCUUGGCUUAUACUUGUUUUGGCUGUUUCAAGUACCUGAGCCCACUGAAUUACAAGGUAGAAGACACACAAGGUGAAAGAGGAAACGACACAGAUGUACCAACCAUCACCACAUCUUCUAUGUACGUGCCCCAAGUCUUGCAUCCUCAUCCUACGGAAAGAACGGUGCUCGCCCAUAAGGAGCAGCAGUCGUAUGGCACCAUGGACAACACUUCCUCACAGGCAGAAGGAAUCAUGAGCUAUUCCGCUGGACCUGUAGUUACAGAGCAGGCAACGAGAAGUUCGGUUUGAAUGCCAAGGACUAACACAAGGUGGAGCAGUUGGUCCAGGUUUAGGAGAACCGAUUCUCACCGUCUGCUAAGUAUUCUGUUUUAUUGGCAUACUCCUGCCUGCUGAAGAGGUUCAGAAAUAAUUCCUUGUGCGGUCUGCAGCUGUGCUUGGAGAUUAAAAAGCAGAUGCCUCGGGGCUGAUUGUUUUCCAGGCUGUCUGUGCACAUUGGGAAACAAACCUGUUGAACACGGGGAUGCUCAUCCUCAGGGACUUCACUUACGCUAUCUCAUCACUUGCCUUAUGAAGAUAACUUAUGCUGCGUAUAAAUAAUUGGUCACCAAAGCAAAUGCAGCUGUAAUUUAUUUAUUCAAAAUAAUUAUUGCUUUAAAAGAAAAAAGUAUUUAUAAACCUCCUGGGAUGCAUUAAGUCCUCAGGCAGUGUCACUGUUGAUGAAAAUGAUGUUUGCAUGGGUAUGAGGAUGGUGUGUGGGAGUCUCUCAUCACCCAAAGUAGUCAGUGUAGACUUGACCAUGUUACUCUUUUUCCUUAAAAGAGAUGAGGGAGUUACUCAGUGUGCACUGGGUGGGUUACUGUGCACUCGGGUACUACAGGUACCAAAGCAAAGAGACUGGUGUGGAGAUGGGAAUGCUUUAUGUGAUACUAGUUUUAUAUAUUUUUGGAGGGUCUUUACAUUGUUAGUUUCUGUUCACUCUUUUUAAGGGCCUUUCACAGUGAAAGUUCACCUGCCAACAAUAAAGGAUGUAAUAAUUUUACCUUUCUUUUAAUCUUGGGUCGAAAUGACAGAACUCUGGGAUUUUUCUAUAGUGCCAACUAUAUGAGCUGCAAGAUACUAAGAUUUUAAAUUAUGCAGUAGGUGCUGGUUUACUCCGAAGUACAUAGUGUCAAAGUGCAACUAAUAAUCCUGAAGCAAUAAAACACUGAGUUCAGAGGAA